UGUCUCUUGCGUGAUAAGCACAUCGAUAUGUCGCUGUUGUUGUGUAUUGUCGUUGGAAUAAUAAUCGUAGCACUAAUUGUAGGCUUAUAUGAGAAAUCUACUAAUGCAAUAUGUACGUCUAAGAAGAGACUUGAUGGGAAAACCGCAAUUGUUACUGGAGGCACGACAGGGAUGGGAUUGCAGAUCGCGACAGACUUCGCAGAGAGAGGCGCUCGUGUUAUUAUCGCUUGUCCCUUUAAGAACGAGGGGAUAGACGCCUUGAAAUACAUUUCAGAUAAAACCAGCAAUACAGAUGUGGUCUUCAAAAUAUUAGAUUUAUCUUCUAUAACAUCUAUUAGAGAAUUUGCAACGGAUGUCCUCAAUAUCGAGAAAAGAUUGGAUAUUUUAAUGAAUAACGCCGGAGUUGGCGCCGUUCGUGAGUUCAUCACAGAUGAUGGGAUGAGUUUUAUAAUGCAAGUGAAUUAUUUUGGACAGUUCCUACUGACUUUAUUACUGUUGCCUCUUUUAAAUAAAACGGGAACGACAUCAGAUCCGGCUAGGAUUGUGAAUACAUCGUCAGUUCUGCACAAUUUCGGUUUUAUUAACAUUCAUAAAAUAAACGAUAUACGCUACUGGUUUCCUGUACAGUUUUAUGCGAAUAGCAAGUUAAGUGUGGUGUUGUUCGCACACGAAUUGACCAAAAGACUGAAAAGAAAUAAUGUUGUCGUUAAUUGUGUAGAUCCGGGUAUGGUUGGAACGGGAAUUUUUCGUAGUGUUGGUAAUAUAUUAGGAGGUAUUCUGACGAUGAUAGGAUUCGUAUUAUUCAAAACUCCAUGGUUAGGUGCACAGACAGCAAUACAUGUUGCACUAGACAAGAAGGCGGGAGAGAUAAGCGGGCAGUUAUUUAAGAAUUGUAAAUUAACACGAGCAAAACGUUCUGCCUACAAUGACAAGAUCGCUGGAGAGUUAUGGAAUACAUCCACAAGUCUCGUUGGAUUGAGUAGUGAGGCAAUGGAAAAGUGUUUUCAAUAACAUCUAAGCUGUGACGUCACUUUAACUUACCCAUAGUUGUGAUAUUGUUUUGUUGGAGUAUUGUUUAAUUUUAUUGUACAAUAAUUAUAUUUAAUUGCAUUUAGUCUCCUUUUUGUAUA